AUGGUUAAGGCAGUGUAUGACCAGAACAGCGACGAGCAGAUCAGCUUGGAAGAGCUGAAGCUUGCUCUAGGACCACCUUGCAUGUGCAAAAUGGAUGGGAGAUGGAGAUGGGUUAGUCGCAGCAUUGUUGCAACGGCCUGCAGUGAGGUGGAGGCCAGCCGGGCGGUCCAGGCCCUGGGGGCCCCGGCCCGGGUCCAGGCGGGCCUGGACAGCCCCCACAUAUCGGUUCCGGAGGGCCAGGUCCAGGUAUGGAUCGCCCAGGAAUGCCGCCAGCGGGAGGUGGAGGAGUACAGCCCGGGCCCGGGCCCGGAGGGCACGGAGGGCACUCCGUGCCACCGACACAGGCUCGAGGUGAUGCCUACCGGUGAGGCAGUGGAGCAGCUGCUGAAGCGCCGCCUUGAAGGUUGGCCGAUGCCGAGUGAACCUCCCCGGCAGCUGCAAGGAGGGCAAUGUUGCCCUGCGCAGCAGGGUGGACAGCCAACCGAUGAGAUGAAGCAGGCCAUGAAUCAAGCAACAGGUGGGCAACAACAACCGCUUUCCACCGGCAGUCAGGCUAACUACUGCCACUUCACGGAGCUCUAUGAUGUGCUGAUGGGCGAGUGCGUAAAGGGUCGAUGCAGAUCACCAAACACAAGGCCUGAUGAAAAUCGGUUUUGCCGGCCCAUACCACUUCCGGAGUUGAACACUUUGGACCCUGCUGCGGCUGUAUCUGAUGAGCUGAAGUUGAGCGGCUUGCCGGCUAAAUUCGACUUGGACUCGGUUCUGCAAGGUGGGACCGAUCGUCAAGACUUCGAAAUCGAGUUCAUCAGGGACCUUGCGCAGCAAUUGGACAUUCCAGUGCGAAUGCUGGAAGUGACGGAUGUAACGGAAGGCUCCGUCAUCGUCAGCUUCAGGAUCCUUCCAGAUACCGAGGAUGUGGAGGCACCGUUGAACCCGAGCAUUGUCCAGAUGAGCCUCGCAACGGUUCGUCAAACAAUGGAUACUGCUGCAGCUGCUGACAGCAUCCUGACUUUCACGGACACAGCUCAUGGCGUGGCCGCGCCAGCCACGACGCAAAGGGCACAGCAGCUGUCGGGCCAAGAGGCGUUGAUGCAAGCUUUCGAUGGCGAAGCGUUGGAGAAGGUUCCUGCCAGGACUGUGGAAACUCCAGAAAUCUACAGCCUGUCACCCGUGGGAAUAGGUGGCAGAACCAAAGUCAACGAGUACCUACCAAGGAGCAGGGCCCAAAGCACACAAGACGAGAAGUGGGAUGCACCGGAGAAGGUUGACAUUGACUUGGCAGUUUUCAUUACGCCGGUGCACAAGAAGGUUGAGGCAGCAUUGUUGUGCCCAACGAGAGCGCUAGAGGAGGAUCCCGUAGCGAAGAUGUGGCAGCGAGAUGCGCUCGCAGACGGCUUCGGUGGCAACUUUUUGUUCAACACUCCGGAGAUGAUUGCCUUCAAAAGUUGGCGCAUCCCGAAGGAUCGUCGAAUGACCGUCAUGGACUGCGAGACCUUUGAUUGGUUGGAAGCGGUGAUGAAGGACAAGGCGGCCCGUUCCGGCAAGAACUUCUCCGAAAGCCAAAAUCCCUACACGUCUGAGAAGAUGAAGCAUCUCGAUGCCAGCUGUGGCAUUCCUGAGGAAGCUUGGGUCAAUACCUCCUGCCAGGACUUGAAGACGCUGCAAGCCGUACACAAGGAUCAAUAUCGUGUCUCUUGCAACCAGGAACUCUUCGCAUCAAGCACGAUGCGCAAAACAAUAUCCAUUCCUUUUAAUGGGAAGUGGAUCCAAGCUGCGUCGCGAAGAGAAGGGUCUUUGUACAAGCCAGAAUGGAUGCUAGAUACACUCACCAGCUACUAUUUCACCUGGGACUCCACUGCAGAGGACACAGAGAAGCUAUUCUCAAAGAAUGCACCAGCUGGUGGAGACGUUCAACUGCUUGAUGAUCAAGUGCUCUGCACGGCCCGGGGCGAGAAGACGCCAUGUCCAGUUGAGGUGCUUUACACGGGGAAAAUCCUGUACAAAGGCGAGCACUCAGGAGACAAUAAGAAGGUUUUGGAGAAGACUCGAGUGCUACUCUCACAGUUGCCAGCUUCCAGUCCGACAUUUCAGCCUACUAUCGAGAUUCACAUGGACAUCAAUCGCACCGUUGAGCUGGUCCGCAGAGGCCGGCCACGCUGGUGGUCCCGAGAAGAGAGGGUUCUCCGCGAGGUUCUCCAAUGCAAUGUUCGCUCCUACUGGGAGGAGCACCGCAGCGCGUGCAUGGAGCACGGGGUGGAUCAGCAACCGGCUUUUCCAUUCCUUGUGGACCUCGAGGAAGCCAUGGCUGAUGUGACUGCGGCCAGAGACAAGAGCAUGACCCUACAGACUGGCGUCGUUUACACCAUCGACGUGACGCUGGCCGUGAUGCCUCUGUACGUGAAGGACACCUUUGGAAGCAUCACCAUCUCAACCUUCUAUGUUGAAGUGGAGAGCGCACGCGUCUCCUCCAAGGCUCUCGGCUUCAAGGAGCGAAACCAGGCGCAGGUCCGCCUAAAGUUCAAGCUCAGCGAGAAAGCCAAAGCCAUGCUGAAGCAGCCAGUGAUGCCGUGGGCUGAUCUGGCAUCAGAGAGCGGCGCGUGGUUUGGCAUUUGGGGGCUGGCUUCUGUUGUCCUGACAAGCUUGUAUAGCUCGCUGAAGAUGUGGGGAAACCUUGGUCCAAGAGAUGGCGAACUCACGAUGGAGGAAUAUCAGGCGAAACACGAGUCGAAGAUUCACAUCCUCAAGAAGAAGUCGGCCCGCAAGAUUCAGGCUCAACUUGAGGCCGAGUACCAGCAGUACGGCAUCAGGGUCAGCUAUCAGAAGGUGUAUGACCAGCUGGUAGCACCGUCUCGGUCACGAAACUUGAGGAAGAAGGUCCUGCUGAAAAGCGUUCUCAAGGACACCAAUCCCCUUGCGGGACUGCCGGAACACGUGGCCUCUUUGUUGGGAGAGGUUCGCGUGGCCUUGGAUGACGUGGUGGAUGUCGACAAGAUUUCGGAGUAUGGGGACAACGAGGACGAGGAACUUGCGCAAAUGGAAGAAGAGGAGAGAAA